UGGCGGGUGAAAUGCUUCUCUUUGCCAAGAGCACAAAGUUGAACCCAGAUCUUAGUGGACACGUUACUUGUUUCUCACAAAGUUGAAAUUUAUGGUUUGUAUAAUUUUGCAUGUGCCUGUGAAAAGCCAUAAUUGAUGAAAGAGUCUGCUGAUUUUGAUUUGCAAUGGUAUGCCAUGCUUAUGCAAGGAUUUUGGGUUAGAUUAGUUCUUCUUCAUAAGGAUGCCACCAAAAUUAACAUUUCAUCUGCAAGAUUAGGUUAGACUAAUUCCUUCUCUAUAAAGUAUUCAAUUCAAACUCAUUAAUUGGAAUUUAAAUGUUCAUAAAGACCUCCUGGUGUGGAAAAUAGAACCCUGAUCUGGGCUAUACUUUAAGAAGUUUUUGCUUCUAACACAAUUCAGAUAUAUUGUGUAUUUCUAUUUCAAAUCCAUCAGUAAUUGCAAGUGCAUUAUUGUUAGUUGUUUAUAUUAGUUGCAUUUUCUAUGAUAUGUUUGCCAUAUAUCAUAGGCGGCAUCUUCUUUGUCAAUUUUUAUAGAUUUUCUCCAAGGCCCUCAGGUUAAUCUAGCUACAAAGAACUGGAAUGGAGAGAUCUUAUAACCAAUUAGAAAAAAACUGUGCAGCUCAGCUACACAAAGUGGUUUGCUUCACGUUUUUUUUCCCAGUUUUUAGGUUUGGGAUAAGAUAUGCUUAUUACAAUAAUAAAAUAUAUAGUUUCUUUCAAUUCAUGUAAAGAGAAAACAUGUAGAGGAUAAUUAACAAUGUUCGUAUCUGCUUGAACUUGAUGUUAAUUAUCUAAACUGCAAGACCUUAAAUCUAAUCUCAACCUCUAAGUCAUCACGAUCUCCACAUCUUGGCUCAAUGGCCACAACUUUGGUUAAAGUGGAGAUCACCUCCUGAUGACAAGAAAUAUGAUUGGUUGGCUUUCCUUUUAAGUUCAGUUGGUUUCUCUGGCACAAGCAGUACAUGAAAUGGUAUGUUGAAGCUUUCAAUUUAUUAAUCACGUUGAAGGUUCUAUAAACAUAUAAAUU